GGAAGUGGAGUGACUGAGGUGGUCCCUGCCAUUCGCUCAUGAUGCUGAAACUACUCCUCCUCGCUGUCUUUGUCCUCUGUGGACACUGCUUGGAAGAGUCGCUGGAAGACAAUGGGCGCGUUGUUGGGGGUAGUAAUGCACAGCACGGUGCGUGGCCAUCACAGAUUUCCCUCCAGUAUUACUCUGGUGGACAAUGGUAUCACACCUGCGGUGGGACGUUGGUGAGGCAGAACUGGGUGAUGACUGCAGCUCACUGCGUGGACAGAUCCUUGACUUUCCGGGUGGUCGUCGGUGAUUACAACCUGUAUCAGAAUGAUGGCACGGAGCAGUAUUUGAGCGUGGGGAGCAAGUUCAUCCAUUCUUCUUGGAACAGCAACAAUGUCGCUGCUGGCUACGACAUCGCUCUGCUCCGCCUCUCCCAGAGCGCGUCUCUGAACAGCUACGUGCAGCUGGGCGCUCUGCCCAGCUCAGGCGAGAUUCUGCCAAACAACAAUCCUUGCUACAUCACUGGCUGGGGCUUGACCAGGACUAAUGGGCAGCUGUCUCAAAUCCUGCAGCAAGCUUCACUUCCCGUCGUCUCCUACAGUAUCUGCUCCACUUCCGCUUACUGGGGCUCCACAGUCAAGAACACCAUGGUGUGUGGUGGAGGUGACGGUGUGCGCUCUGGGUGCCAGGGAGAUUCUGGGGGCCCUCUGAACUGCCUGGUGAAUGGCAGGUACUAUGUCCAUGGAGUGACCAGUUUUGUUUCCGCCUCGGGCUGUAACACCUACCAGAAGCCCACGGUGUUCACCCGGGUGUCUGCCUACAUUUCCUGGAUCAAUAACAUAAUUAACUCCAACUGAACAGGCUGAGAGGAUGGACUCAACGUCAAAGAAGAACCUCUUUCCCUAAUCGGAAUACACUUGGACGCUGUCCAUCUUCAUCUUCUCUAUUAUCCCAUUUGAUCUGCAGGGUUAUACC